AACUGCUGGGAACGUCAACAAAGAAAACACACCUGAGUUGAUUGAGAAGCUACCUGAGAAACCAAUCCUCUGCUCUGGCAGGCUCCGGCUGAUCUCUUAUGUGAAAAGUCAAUUACACAAUUCUAUCCCUUUCCUAAGUGCGCGUACUGAGUCGCUAUUAAUUGCUCAAUUGCACGUGCAUCUAACCUGCUUUGUGUUGAAAUCAAACGAGUGACAAUCAUCUCUGGUCUGGUCCCGCUUUUUAACUUAACACAAAAGUGCAGCUUGAAUUGUGAGCGUGAAGGUUGAAGACCGAAAAGAUGAAGGAGAAUUUUUGACACUUGGCAUGCGGAAAGGCCCCACAACUCUUCGGGAACACCAAAUUUAUUUACAGAAAACUGCUAAAGGUGCCGCAUACGCUUCAGAAUUUUUCUCUAGGUGUUUUCCGGGUUUCAACAGGUAAUGUCAGGGGUGACCUUCAGGGAGUACCUGAGGCGUAGAGAAUUGGGCCUGCAGCAGCCAGUGGGUUUCCAGGACUCCCUUCGUCUCAAGCUUUAUUACAACAUUCAGCCCGUUGAUUCUUUUACCGCCUCCGCAGCUACCGGCCCCUCACAUGGCGCCGUCUUCAACCUCCAGUUUUCUCCUGAUGGGAGGACGUUGGUUGCCGCUUGUGAAAAGCAGACAGUUCUCGUCCUGGACAGUGUCAGUCGAAAGCAGGUGCUGGCCCUGCGCGAGGCCCAUUCAGACUGCGUCAAUGGCGUCACUUUCCUCGACGACAGGUGCUUCUUCAGCUUCAGUGAUGACACCACAGUUGCUUUGUGGGACUUGAGGACACCUCGGGAGCCUCUGUGCAGGCUUCGAGGUCACUCGAGUUGGGUGAAGAAUGUUGAAGUCCUUCCGUCCAAGGGUCUCGUCCUUUCCUCGGGGUUCGAUUGCAAAAUUGUCUGCUGGGACAUUAACAAAUUGGUUGAGGAUUCAUGUCCCCACACAACAUUGCUCAAAGCCAACGAUUUGAUGCGUACAAAAUUGUCUCCUGACGGCAGCAAACUCAUCGUCAGCUCCUCCUCUGGCUACUUGAUGGUUGUGCAUGAUCUUGAUGUAGGCAAACUCCCUGAAGAUCUCAAACUUUUUAAACCGAGUUUGUAUCGGUUAAUGCAAGAAACGCUGAUUAUGAUUCCGGAGCUGGCCAAGUACACGAACCGGUUCAAGCGGGACUGCUACAGAAACAGAAUCGAGUUGAUAUCAGACUUCCCCAGGGAUGAUGAAGCAACCUCGAUUUCCUCCUUAGAAGUCCAUCCAAAAGGCUGGUGUGCCCUGAGCCGCAAUACAAGCGCCCACCAAGAUUCGGAGUGGACCUGUCUACAUGACAUCCAAGAGUUGCCGUCCAAAAACUGCAAUAAUGAUGACGAGGACAUACUGAUUGCUGGACGUAAUGCAGCAUAUUCUCGAGAGAGAAUUGAGGCUGACCUUAUGGAAAAUAGCUCUAAUACAGGAGUCGAUUCUAGUCAAACUUCUUUUCUGCGCAUACACAAAAACAAGCGUCGCCUUUUGUACUUUUGCGAAGAGUCGAACGUUGGCCAAGGCUUCAUCAAGGAACAGGCCUUCAGUCCGGACGGCCGUCUCGUCAGCUCGCCUUUUGGCUUCGGGGUGCGACUGCUGGCCUUCAGCCCCGAAUGUGACGAUCCCUGGGGCAACAACGACCCUGUGUACGCCCCCACAGGAUCAAAAUGCCUCUACGAGGUGCGCACCAACAUUUGCCAUGGCAAUGUGGUCGCCUGCACCAAGUUUAGCCCCGUCGAGCCCCUUCUCGUGUCAGGCUGCAUCCAAGGUAAGAUAGCUUGGCACCAACCGAGAUUAUAAUAAAAUCUUCAAAAAUUUUACUAAUGGAAAAAAUAUAAAUUAAUUGCUCUUUCCGUUCUACUGCUCCUUAUGAGAAUCCUCAGAGCAUGCAGGUCAAAGAUUGAAAACGAAAUUAAUUUUUUUUUUAGAGCAGGACAAAAUUUGUGAUCACUUGAAUUAGCAGAGCUUAUUAAUUUUUUAAACAAUUAUAUUCAAAAUUAAUUUAAAAAAAAUGUAAUUAUAUAUUAUAAAUGAACUUAAAAUUUUAAACGGAGAAAGAAGAACUCUUAAACGAUUUCCUAUAUUAUUUUAUAAUAAAGAAAACAAUUAUU